UUUGGAUGGCAAGCUUGGACUUGAAUCAAUAUGCAUUUUUCAAUGAGCCUAUCCUCUCCCAAAUAAAUUGCUCUCUAUACCUCUCCUGUUCAGAGCAAUUGUUUUGCAAUCCAUGGAAACAACCAUCUCGGCUCUGGCAGAAAAGAGGUGUGCAGUUGUUACAGGAGCCAAUAAAGGAAUAGGACUAGACAUAUGUCGCCAGCUUGCAUCUAAAGGAAUCACUGUCGUAUUGACUGCAAGAAAUGAGACCAAGGGAACUAGAGCUGUUGUCAGGACUUACUGAUGUCAUUUUUCAUCAACUUGAUGUAAAUGAUGCAAUUAGUGUCACUUCAUUUGCGGAUUUCAUGAAAACCCAUUACGGAAAAGUUGAUAUCUUGGUAAACAAUGCAGGGGACAACGGAAUAACAGUACAAGUUAGUGAGACUAUUAAAGACUUGAAGAUUCGAGAUAGUGAUGAGAAAGAUGAGACUGCCAAUCUGUGGAAGGAAGCUGUUAAGGAGACAUACGAGAGGGCACAACAAUGCAUUGAAACAAAUUACUGUGGAACCAAAAGAGUAACUGAAGCACUGCUUCCUCUUCUUCGACUUUCCAAUUCAGCAAGAGUAGUGAAUGUUUCCUCCGUAUAUGGUCAACUAAAGUUUAUCUCGAGCGAAACGAUUAAAAAGGAGCUAAGUAACGUUCAUUGCUUAACAAAUGAGAAAUUAGAUGAGCUUAUACGAAAGUUCUUGAAGGAUUUUAAGGAGGGUAUGCUGGAGACUAAUGGAUGGCCUGUCAUAGCUUCUGCAUAUAAAGUCUCCAAAGCUGCUAUUAAUGCAUACACUCGAAUUCUAGCUAGAAAAUUCCCAGAUUUUCGUGUUAAUGCUGUUCAUCCUGGUUUGGUUAAAACGGAUCUUUCACUCAAUAGAGGAAACUUAACCCCUGAUGAAGGUGCUAAAGCACCUGUUAUGGUGGCAUUGUUGCCUUCUGAUGGCCCUUCCGGUUUCUACUUCGACCAGAUGGAGAUUUCAACCUUGUGUGCAGUUGUUACAGGAGCUAAUAAAGGAAUAGGACUAGAGAUAUGUCGCCAACUUGCUUCUAAUGGAAUCAUCGUCGUUUUGACUGCAAGAGAUGAGACCAAGGGAGCUAGAGCUGUUGAAGCUCUUAAAAUGUCAGGACUUAGUGAUGUGAUUUUUCAUCAGCUUGAUGUAAAUGAUGCAAGUAGUGUUACUUCAUUGGCUGGUUUCAUCAAAACUCGAUACGGGAAACUUGACAUCUUGGUAAACAAUGCAGGGUACAAUGGAGUAAGGCUAAAAAUUAGUGAGGAGGCUAUGAAAGACUUGAACUUUCGUUUUGGUGAUGAGAAAGAUGAGAUUUCCAAGUUGUUGGAGGAAGCCCUUGAGGACACUUACGAGAGGGCAACACAAUCCAUAGAAACUAAUUACUAUGGCACCAAAAGAAUAACUAAAGCACUUGUUCCUCUUCUUCAACUCUCUAAUUCAGCAAGAAUAGUGAAUGUUUCCUCGGUAUACGGUCAACUAAAGUUUAUCUCGAGUGAGACGAUUAAAGAGGAGCUAAGAAAUGUUGAUUGCUUAACGAUAGAGAAGCUAGACAAGCUUAUGCAAAAGUUCUUGAAGGAUUUUAAGGAUGGGAUGUUGGAGACUAAUGGAUGGCCUGUAUUACUUUCUGCGUAUAAAGUCUCGAAAGCUGCUAUCAAUGUCUACACUCGAAUUCUUGCAAGGAAGUUCCCAACUUUUCGUGUUAAUGCUGUUCAUCCUGGUUUGGUUAAAACGGAUCUUUCACUCCAUCAAGGAAAUUUAACACCUGAUGAAGGUGCUAAAGCACCUGUUAUGGUGGCAUUGUUGCCUUCUGAUGGCCCUUCUGGUUGCUACUUUAACCAGAUGGAGAUUUCUACAUUUUGAAUUAAAAAAUGCUUGAAAUGAAAAUUGAUACUAGCAUAGAUGGUGUGAAGAGAAGAAAAAAAAAAAAAAAAAAAAUUGUGCAAUAAGUUUUUUCUUUUUAGCUCAUUUAUUUUGCAAUAUGGUACAAUUCUUUCUUAGUAUUAAAAUUGUUGAGCUGUAUGA